GAUGUAGAUGGUGAACCGUGUGACUGGGUGACAUCUAGCGGCAGAGAGAUGGUACUGCAGCGUGUCAUUGAAAAGCCGAGAGAAAACGGGCUCCAUUUUGUGUCCUUCUCGCAGUAAAAGCAGCAAGACAAUCCCUCCGAAGGAAGGAAAAAAAACCAACACAAAGACAUCUUUUACAGGCAGAAUGAGUGGCUGCCGCAUAUUUGUCGGCCGGUUGAACCCGUCCGCCAGAGAGAAGGACGUAGAGAGAUUCUUCAAAGGAUACGGCCGCAUCCGAGACAUCGACCUCAAGAGGGGCUUUGGUUUUGUGGAGUUUGAUGAUCCUAGGGAUGCUGAGGAUGCAGUUUAUGAGUUGGACGGCAAGGAGCUCUGCAAUGAGAGGGUGACCAUUGAGCAUGCUCGUGUGCGCCUGCGUGGUGGGCGAGGACGUGGUGGUGACAGAGGGGGAGGAGGAGGAGGAGGCCGCUUCCCAGAUCGCUAUGGCCGUGGCUCCCAGGAUAGUCGGAGGACCAACCAACCAAGUGGACCACCGGCAGAUAGGAAUCCUCCUCCGAUGCGUACGGAGAACCGCCUCAUCGUGGAGAACCUGUCAUCUCGCGUCAGCUGGCAGGACCUGAAGGAUUUCAUGAGACAGGCUGGGGAAGUCACGUUUGCGGAUGCCCAUCGCCCCAAGCUCAACGAAGGAGUGGUUGAGUUCGCUUCUUACAGCGACCUGAAAAACGCCCUUGAGAAGCUGUCUGGCAAGGAGAUCAAUGGAAGGAAAAUCAAGCUGAUCGAGGCAGCUAAGAAGAGGGGUUCCAGGAGUCGUUCCCGCUCUGAGAGCUCUUCUCGUUCUCGCUCUCGUAACCGGUCCCCGUCCCGCUCCAGGACCCCUCGUCGUUCCAGGUCCCACUCCCCCAAAGCCCGCUCCCCCAAGAGGGACUACAAACGCUCUCGUUCUCGUUCCCACAGCGGCUCCCCAGCGCCCCGUGCUGCUGCCCCUGGCUCCCCUCCCCCGAGGGCCAAAGAGACCUCUUCCUCCUCCUCUAAACGGGCCUCUAAGCCCAGCAAGUCUGCCUCCCCCCACUCCCCUCCCCCUGCACAGCGUGCACCUUCCAGGUCUCCUUCCAGGUCUCGUGGCUCUCGCUCUCCGUCUACAGACAGCCGCCACUGAGUACUGAGAACACCUAGCGCAGGAGUAUACACAUUUUUAAAAUAAACACACACCUCGUACAUAAAUACUCCCAUUCAGACAAAACAGGACAGGGCAGGAACUGUUUUACCCAGCGGUACUUGCCUGGUGUCCCUGUAUUUUCCCCUCCAUGUUUCCUCCCUCCGCUCUUCUCUUCUGACAUAGCCGAUCUUUGACCUACUUUUGUAUGGUGAGUGUUCUCUGUGAAAGCGUGGCUCUUGCUGUGAACGCAAUGAGGGCUUCGUUUUCAAUUUGAGCAUCAAGUCUAAAACCUUCUGGGGGUUUUGGUUAGUAUUUUUAUUUGUAAUAAUGGAUGUAAUUCUUGGUAAGGUAUUACAUUAUAUAUUUUUUAUCAUUCAACGCUCCCCCCUCUACCGGAUUUUGUUUGUCAGCUCUGAUAUCAUGAGCUGUUGAGAAUUCAAGUCCCGUUGCAUGAUGGCUAUGAAUAUGAUUGGCUAAGGUUUUGGGUCGAACCAUUCUGGGGGGGUU